GCCAUUGCUCUCGUUGUUAUGGCUGAGUUUGUUUUUGUCUGUUUCACGUCGUCACGCCAAUAGCGGCAGCUACUGAAAUGACCUCCCAAAGCGUAUAGGACGUAGGUAGUGAGUUCUCUAUACAUAUAUGACUCUAGAUCCUGUCUCAGGGACUCGACAAUUUCGUAUUCGUGGUCUCUACAGCCAGAGGCUAGUCAGACCCUUUGUCCUCCAUUAUAUGUGCUACCGUGUUCCUCCUUAUACGUACUUGAUAGUUCAUCUUCGUAUCAUCCAGCGUCCGCAAUGUUGCUCGCCGAUCUCCGGAAGAAAUCCCAAGCUCCUGCGUAUCUGUCUUUUCUUGAUUUUGAGCGUCACUCCCAGGAAAUCUCCUCAAAGCUCGCCGGUGUCCGCAUACGCCAUGGACUGGCUUCAGCAGAAGAUCUAGCACAGACCCUAUGUCUGAACCGAAAGAGAUAUAUCAAGGCAUCCAUCAAGGGUCAUAAGAUGGCAUCCCAAGCUGCGAAGCACUUCAACAGCAAAGAACACGCGGACUCGAUAUGGAUGAAGAUCACGGAGACGGCUCUGAUUUGCGGACCGCCGUAUGAAGGGCAUGUCAAAGAGAGCGAGGGGGUAACCAGCUUUCAGAAAACGCAGUUCCGGUCUAAAGAUUCUGUGUCAUCCCAGUAUCUGCAUUUCUCCGUAGGAUCUCAGUCCCUGCAAGACAGACUCGUCAAGAACGGCAAGUCGAUGUAUGACCGCGUGUGUCUGCAAUCAGGCAUGUGCUUGUUCUCUAUGGACAUGGUCCGUUCGAGCCUGGACUCGAACGGCCGCGUCGACGUAUCCCGCCUCAUCUGCGCUACACCCACGUUUUACGAGGCCGAAUACAUUGCCCGCACUUGCCCCGUGAUUGCCGAUUUGUGUGCUACAAUACUCGACACGACGAUGCGAGCCAGAGGACAAACUUCCAACGCCGGCGAGGUCACUCUUCGGGUCGGGCUAGAUGUACCAAAUUUUCAUUAUUUCCACUCUGUUCAGUCGAAACUCCAAGAUCAAACGUGCACUUUCCCGGAUGCUCUCCAGUGGAUGCGGUUCGUGAUCGAACGACACAGACAGAUGGCCGAGGUAUUCCAGGGUUACCUCCUCCACCAAUUGGCUCGAAGGGGCGUGGGGGCGUCCCAAAUGAACAUCGAAGCAUCGAGGAGGGGCAUCCCGGCAGCGGAUUACAUCCUCGAGGCCCUAGAAAGAUCCGAGAUGCCCUCCUUCGAUGAGAUCUUGAAGCUCCUGGGAGAGGAGGAUGAUACGUGGAACGAGUUCUGGGACAUGCUACCACCGAAGGAGCGGGCCGUGGAUUUUCGCAGUCUCUCCAAUCUCUUCUACGUCUACGAGGUUAUCCGACCAUCGCUGGAAGGGAACAUCGUUCCUGUCGACUCCAGACCUAAUUCCGAGGCGAACAUUGGCCGGCUCGUCAUUGGUAUAGAUGAUAGUGCGGAGCGGCAGAUCUACUCUCGCUCGCAGAAGCUGCUGAAGAAGAUACGGAACCAUCCCGAAAUUGAGCGGUUACCUUAUCUCAUGGAAAUUUACAUGAGCCGCCGCGUGUUUAUCAACGGCAACGAGGCAGGCUCGAACCUAUAUCUAGACGAUCCGAGUCCUCAGAAUCCCAUCGUGGUGCCCUGGAAGCCGCUGGGCGCUGAGGAAGACGAACUGCAGGCCACCUCGUCUGACUUCGGUCCAUACGAUCUAGCUGGAAGCUUGCAUGGCGAGGACGCGUCCAAAGUGCUGCGGGAACUGUUCAACAGUGUUGGUCUAUCCUGAGACGGACGGCAUCCACUUUCA